GCGCAAAUGUCUGGUGGGGGGUGUAGCCUCGAGAGGGGGCGAGGCUUUGAUGGCAGAGCGCCGUCCCGGGUCCUCAGAGGCUAGCAAGCUGCAGGCUAAGUGCUCCAAGGAAACCGUCAGGUUUUUAGGUCCUGCAAGUUACCUGGCAACUGACUGAGAUUUCAAGUUAGAGAUGGUAGUGAUGAAUCAACUGAGGGUGAUUCUUCAAGCGUCUCCAUGCAAAUUGCUGUGGAGAAGGUUCCAGGUUCCAAGGUCCAUGCCAGUGAGGCCCUGCAGUCUCUAUACCUGCACUUACAGAACUGGGAACCGAGCCUUGCCUCCAUUGUGGGAGAACUUGGACCUUGUUCCUGCAGGUGAUCGGCAGUCACCCAUCAACAUCCGGUGGAGGGACAGUGUUUAUGAUCCUGACUUAAAACCACUCACCGUCUCUUAUGACCCGGCCACCUGCCUCCACAUCUGGAAUAAUGGGUAUUCUUUCCUUGUGGAAUUUGAAGAUUCUACAGAUAAAUCAAAUAAGAUCAGGUGUUCUGUAAUUGAGGGAGGACCCCUGGAACACAACUACUGAUUGAAGCAGUUUCAUUUUCACUGGGGGGCCAUUGAUGCCUGGGGAUCUGAGCACACUGUGGACAGCAAAUGCUACCCGGCAGAGCUGCACUUGGUGCAUUGGAAUGCAGUUAAAUUUGAAAGUUUUGAGGAUGCGGCCCUGGAAGAAAAUGGACUGGCUGUGAUAGGAGUGUUUUUAAAGCUAGGCAAACAUCAUAAAGAGCUACAGAAAUUGGUGGAUACUUUGCCAUCAAUUAAGCAUAAGGACACCCUUGUGGAAUUUGGGUCCUUUGACCCUUCCUGCCUGAUGCCCAGCUGCCCAGAUUACUGGACCUACUCUGGAUCUCUGACUACCCCACCCCUCUCAGAGUCAGUUACCUGGAUCAUUAAGAAGCAGCCAGUAGAGGUCAAUCAUGAUCAGCUUGAACAGUUUUGGAGCCUGUUCUUCACUUCAGAAGGUGGGAAAGAGAAGAAAAUGGUGGACAACUUCCAUCCCCUUCAGCCACAGAUGAAUCGCACUGUCCGCUCAUCCUUCCGCCAUGAUUAUGUGCUGAACAUACCAACGAAACCCAAGCCAGCUGCCAGCCAAGUGGGCUCCUAA